AUGGGGUCCACAGCCUUUGGCAACUUUAACGACUUUUGCAAAGAUUCGACCCUGCCGGUCUGCAACAACCAAACCGGCCCCUGGGGAGGAUGUACGCUCACAGGAAUCCCGCUCAGCGGCGGCCGGCAUCUGGGUAACGUUGGAUCAAUCAUCCUAUGUGGCCUCGGUAUUGCCAUGGCAUCGUUCCUCAUCAUCAAAUCGGACAGGAAAAAGGCUGCUGUGGGCCGUCGCGAAAUUCAACUGUUCCUUCUUGGCUAUAUUCUCAUCAGCAUCUGCGAAAUCUUUUCAGUUGGCGAAAUCCCCCUCGGCAAAACCGUAAGAGUGGUUUUUAGUGGCAUUCACAUUGGCUUGAUCAUCGCGACUACCUGGAUUCUUAUGCUCAACGCCGUUGUUGGAUACCAGCUGCUCGAUGACGGAACCCCGUUAUCUCUGGCCCUGCUAUUUGGCUCUGCCGGCGCCCUCUUUAUUGGAACUGGCUACAUUGCUCUCGACACGGGAUUCAGCUGGACCGGAUUCUGGGACAGCAGCUACCACCUUCCAAACCGCAACAUUGCCCUCUAUGUGUUAUACCAGCUUAUUCCCCUGGUGUUCCUCGUUGCAUUUUUCGUCCUUGAAACCAUCCUGGUCCUUCGAAUCCUGGGAGAGCUUCGCCCCAUGAUCUAUUUGGCUGCUGCCGCCCUCUCCUUUGCCGUUGGUCAGGUUUUCAACUACGUUAUCAGCAAGUACAUUUGCGAUGGGACCAGUGGCAAGAUUGACGGAGCUCUUUUCGAGACACUAUUCACGCUUCUGGCUGUCGGCUUGGUCUGGGUCUUCUGGUCAAGCAUCACUGAGGACGACUGGCCCAUGCCGGCAACAGAUGCGGCGUAUGCCAAUGCGGGAUACGCCAACCAGAGCUAUUCCAACCAAGGCUAUGCCUCGCAAUCCUACAACUCCCACUCCCACUCCCAAUCCUACAACUCUCAACCAUACAACUAA